UGCGCGUUUCCAUCUGUGAAGUCGCAGAAAUUUGAACCAUUGCAAGUACGGUAGUACAUAUAUAGUAUGUAGGCAGACAGCCUGCCGAUACUUGAGGUGCACCUCGUUGUUCGUCAGGGCGAAGCGGGCCAAGGCAACAUUUUAUCAGGUGCUCGUUACUUAGCGCCGCCGCCACCAAAGCUGACAGCUCACCUGCAGCCAGUCUGUCGUGUCCGGAAAACAAUAGGUAUUCUUUCCAUAUCUAUAUUUAUUCAUAUAUAUUAUAUAAUUCCCAUACAGUCUUUCUAUUCCAGCAUUCUUCGUUCUGCGGAGCCGCCAUGGCUGCCACAAAGUCAGGAGUUGACUUGGAAAAAGAGUUGAAUUGCUCGAUUUGCACCGAGCUUUUGUUCCAACCGUUAACUCUGCUCGACUGUCUGCAUACUUUCUGCGGCUCUUGUCUGAAAGACUGGUUCGAGUGGCAGAAGAUCUCGGCGGAAACCUCACCGACCCCUCCCGCUUCCGGCGCUAUCAAAUUCACUUGCCCGUCCUGUCGCGCACAUGUCCGGGACACGCGCCGCAACGCUACCGUCACGAGUCUGCUCGACAUCUUUCUCGCCUCGAGCCCUGACAAGGCCAGAUCGGAAGCAGAACAGGAUGAGUUGCGCCGGAAGUAUCGCCCGGGGGAUAAUGUCCUCCCGCAGAUUCGCCUACCUGAGCGGUCUGCUGAAGAGCGCCGGGCAGACCAACUGGAACGCCAGAUGAUAGAGCGGGCGCGUGAGAUGAGCUUACGUGAUGUUGGCGUUGAAUCAUCAGCGCGGAGGCGCCGCGAUCAAAGUCGAUCCGAGGGAGGCAGCAGAAGCAGGCCAGAGAGAGACGGCAGCCAAGACACGCGACACCGAUCCCGACGGGAGGAUGAGCGCAGGCACCGGGCCGGUUCCGCGGGGAUGCUGCGUCCUGAGUCGGGAUCUUCUGAGGAGCGACGACGCCGUCGCAGCGAGUCACGCCAUCGGUCCGACUUGGCACACUCCACGCGCGAUUCCUCAUCCACGAGGACACGGCAGGUCGAGCACCAGGCCUCGAUAAGGUCGUUGAUUAGCUCCUCGAAUGUGGAUGCGAGAGAUUUGGAACGCGAAAUCGAUGAAUUCGCCCGCCAGAUACAAGAAGAAGGCUUGCUCGACGGCUUGGAUCUUGAUAACAUCGACUUGAGCCGCAACGAUGAAUUAAGUCGCAAGAUCACCGAGGCGUACCGGAGACGGCAGAGGGAGCGCUCACAGCUGGAAUCUACGAGAAGAAGUAAUAACUCUACGCCAGCGAGUCGAUCACAAACCGUAUUGCCGCUACCUAGGCCCCCUGUUGCAGACACUCUACGUCCAGGUAGCAGGCAGAGGUCAAAUUCUGCCCACACGAGAGGCUCAAGCAUUGGGAGUCAAGCUGAUGACCGUAGCCGCCCCCCUAUGACAUCGGCACGUCUAGAUGUUCACAGCGAUUCUGAAAGGCGACGACAAAGGAGGAUGUCGAGCGGCGCCAGGAGUGCAACCGACCCCGUUCGACCUACUAUGGCUGAGGUACCUCCAGCAGCCCGGUCUCAGACGGACUUGACUCUACGCUCCCAAAGUUCUGAUCCAUCGACCCGUCGGCCUUCUAUCGCGGAUGGGCGAAGCUCUAGCAUGCCUGUAGAUAAUCCUUCAUUGGCUCCAGUGUCAGCUGAACAGCCUAGUAAUAGUACGAGAGAUUUAUCUUUCAGUCAAAGAGCCUCAGCUGCUGCCCAAGCAUCUUCAAAUCUGGUUCCCUCGCCUCUGUUUUCACCCGUCGAUGACUCUGGUGACGAACGUCCAAAGCGACGACGAAGGCGUUCAAGUGCAGUGGCACCCCAGAGCCCACUACCUAGCCUUGGGUUAAUAUCUUCGCCUACGCAUCGACCAAAUCACCAGCGGACACGAUCGCAAUUUUAUCAAGAGCCCUCAAUUACGUGUUCCCGCUGCCAAACGCCCCAUAUCGAGUACGACCUGCACUACAACUGUGCACAAUGUAGCGGUGGCGGGUGGAAUAUCUGCUUAAAGUGUUAUCGAGAAGGCAAGGGCUGCCGCAACUGGUACGGGUUCGGAUAUGCCGCCUUGAAGAACUGGGAACGGAAGUCUGCUACUGUCGAUCAUCCCCUCGAACCACCACAUAGGCUAACUGCAAAUCGAUACCUUCCACCUCACUCCACUCCAGGCGGUGCUGUAGGCCGGAAGACCCUAACGACGGAGGACCCCGCCAACCGCCUCGAAAGCGGUAUGUUCUGCGUGCGUUGCAGCGCCUGGGUCAAUGAGUGCUAUUGGCGAUGCGACGUGUGUAAUGACGGGGACUGGGGCUUUUGCAACCCCUGUGUCAACCAAGGCUACGCUUGUACACACUCUUUACUGCCUUUGACUUACCUAUCACCACCCCCUUCACCUUUGCUUCUUCCUUCUCCGUCUGUGCCUCAUCCAGGCUCUACCCCGCCUGGAAGUCCCAGACUUGGACAAGGACACCAUCGUCGGCCGCGCUCCGCUACAUUAUUCACUGGCCCCACAGCUACGAGUAUUGGUAAUUUCAGACCGUUGACGUUCAUGACUACGUGUGAUGUCUGCCGACGGUCUAUACCGCCCUCUGAUCGUCGAUACCAUUGUAGUGCGUGUACGAGCACUAUUGUUCCGGAAACCCAGCCUGGGGACUAUGAUGUUUGCUUUGAAUGCUACGGCGACCUCCUGCGAGAUGGCCAGCUUUCUGCUGAUAAUGGGCCUGCAGGUUGGCGGCGAUGUUUGAGCGGUCACCGUAUGAGCAUAGUCGGCUAUGUCGAGGACAAAGGUGGGCUGAGACGUGUGGCGAUACGGGAUCUCGUUGGUGGGAAUGGGCUUUCGAUAGAGGCCCAUGAGAGCGAUCCUGCACUCCAGAAAUGGUGUUGGUACAUAGAAGGCUCUAAAGCACAGCGUCUUGUGACUGUGGAUGUGGCUGCUAGCCCAGUCGACCAGCAGCAAACAGACUUCCCUCCCGACGGGGGAGCAGGCCUCAGAGGAAAUGCCGUAUGGUCGUGGUACCCGGCCCCCGACGCGGAGGAUGAGCUGAUGUUUCCCCGUGGCGCCGAAGUUCGUGAAAUCGAGGACGUCAACGGGGAUUGGUGCUUCGGGUCAUAUAUGGGUGCUAAGGGACUAUUCCCUACGCCAUACGUGAAGGAUAUGCUUCCAGACGCAUGAGAAAAGGAGGGCGUGUGCCUUUAUACUUGGUCUAUUCACUUUCGAACCUUUGUUUACAGCGAGGAUAUGUGGCUUGGUGAUUCAUUGACAGGCUUUUAGCAUUGAACUCAAAUUUGACAUACUAAUAUGUGAAGUCAGGUUUACAUGAAUCAUUGGCUUUCCCACUCUCGGUAUCCUGGGAGAGUGUACAGUAAAGUCGUGAGGCUGGAGGCAGAUCCAAUUAUCGUUAGUGAACUGUUUACUGUGUCUAUAACUCAAACAACGACCGUCGUCCAUGUAUAGUCGAUGAAAAGCAAAUAAUUGAUUCAGCCCAGCUAUGAAUAUAUGUGUCAUUCUCCUUGUUAUCUAGAUACUGGUGGCCAUCUUAUAUAUGUGAGCAGACAUGAUCUAAGUAAAAAAUUAAAAAUUAAAAUAAAUCGGUCACCUUUUGAUUAUGAAAC